UGGGUAGAGUUGUACAACGGCACCUCCGCGAAUAUCAGGCAAACUUGCUAAACCUACGUAAAGUCCCUGAUUUUAGUGAUCAAAUCUAUUAUUAUUAUUAUUAUAAAUAUUAUUACUGAUCUAGUGUAGUUGAAGUUUUUUCACUUUUUAUUUUGGAAUUGGGUGCCCCCAGAUGAUGUCCAGCCCAUGACUAUCUUUGCUAUGGAAACUUUAGAGAAAGCGAAGCCUGCUAUCCAACUCUUCCAUUCAGACCAUCACCGCUGUGGAUAGAUGGAUUGGAGAAGCUGGGAUUAACUCUCAGUUAUUACAGCGAUGCCUCCUCAGGGGGUUGGAGAAUACAAACCUGUUCCAUCCACCACUGUUCCUCCGGUCCCCCCGAGACGGUUUCGGAACAGGGAAUUGUCAACUGCGGUGAAGUGUCGAUUCGGCUCCGCGGCAGAGCGCAAGGUUAAGUGCGUGCUUGUCGGUGACGGUGCAGUUGGGAAGACGAGUCUUAUAGUAAGCUACACCACCAAUGGAUAUCCAACGGAAUACGUCCCCACAGCUUUUGAUAAUUUUUCAGCAAUGGUGGCCGUUGACGGGAAGCCUGUGAAACUUCAGCUGUGUGACACUGCUGGGCAGGAUGAGUUUGACAAACUGCGUCCACUGUGCUACACUAAUGCCGACAUCUUUCUGCUUUGCUUCAGCGUGGUCAGCCCCUCAUCUUUCCAGAACGUGCAGGAGAAGUGGGUACCUGAGAUUCGCAGGCACUGUCCAGGCACGCCAAUAUUGCUGGUGGGCACGCAGUCAGACCUCCGAGAGGACGUUAAGGUCCUUAUCGAGCUUGCCAAGUACAAAGAGCGGCCUGUGGAUCCACAGGAGGCUCGUCUGUGUGCCGAGGAUGUACAGGCUGUCUCCUAUAUGGAGUGCUCAGCUCUCACCCAGAAGAACCUUAAGGAAGUGUUUGAUGCUGCUAUCGUAGCUGGCAUCCAGCAAGCGGACAGCCAGAAGCAGCAGAGGCAUAAGAAACGCACACCCGACAAGAUGAAGAAGCUCUCCAAGUCCUGGUGGAAAAAGUACUGCUGUCUGGCAUAGUAGUCGGCGCACAUUAGUGAGGACCGUUGUUGUGGAAAUUACCCCUGAAAGUUCUACAGUUGGACUGGAUCUCUCUUCUUGUGGGAUAAGAUUUUUAUGGAGCUGGAUUUGUUGAAUCUGGGAAUCAAGAGGAGGAAUAAAACUUGGCCAGAACAUGGUGAUGAACGGUAACUGGAAGAGUGGAUGUCAUCCCUAGAUGUCACAGUCGAUCAAUAGCUAGUGAUCAUAAAGUGAUCCUUUACAAUGGAACAUAAAAGGCUAUUGAUCAGUCAAGUCAGAAGUCAGCCCCAGGAACUGGUUCAGAGAUUCAGUGUUGCCUUGUAUUCUAUAUCUAUUAAAAUGCUCUUUUCCAUUGCAAGAUAACUCAAGGAGGACAUUUACUGAUUUUAGAUAUUUCACUUUGCAGUCUUUCCUGAUGUGACCCACAUCAAGAACACCAAAUGUGAGAGUAGCUACAACUCAAUUUUUGGUUCACUCUUGUUUACAUUAGGACGCAUGCCAGAGGUUUCAUUCAAAACAAACCGUGAGGUCAGGGCCACUCAGACUGAUCUUGCUCUCACCAGACCAGCAGACCAUAUGAACUUUCAGUCAGGCCAUUAACCAGCUUAUAGGUCAUAAACAAACGCCACCCUGCCAGUUGUUAUGGAUAAGAUUGGCUGUUACAGUGCUUUAGUGGAAAGUAAUCUGAUUGAUGUGAUGUUGAGAAUGUCAGCAUAUUUGUAGGCCUACUUUAAGAAGUGAAGACCAGAUUGACAUCAUCGACAUGUCUUGCGCUGCACAGUCUGAUCUAGCUUAUUUUCAGUCAUUCUAAAGUUAAUGAUGAUGGAUGAAAGGUACCUUUUAAUUGACCUUGUACAGCCUGAUUAAUUAACAGCAAAUCUCUUGUUAUGGAGACAUAAAUUGUCUGUGACUUAACACUUUGAAAACACAACUAAGUCAAACUCAUGACAUGUUUACAUGGGUUUUAUCAUAGGGCUUUUAUGCAAGGUACCUCAUUCUUAUAUUUAAAAACAGCUACAUCAUCUCCCUUGACUGAUAGGUCAAGAACAGAGAUGAUAAUUUUACGGUCUUUAAGUUUGAAGUGCUGGAAUACAUGGCAACUGUUAGAGAUAUUGGCUUCUUUCUCAUGUUGAAUUGUAUAGUCUCUAAACAGUGUUUAUGCUGAUAACCAUUUAUGCCAGAUGAGUAAUUUCUCUAAGAUUAGCUCCUCUGUGUUAUUAUUUAUAUUAUAGCAUGGUUGCUAUAUAAAUAUACAGCAACCUUUAGUGAAAACAACAGAAAAACACAUUCUGUGAAUCUGAACAAUUGAUUUAUGCAUAAUCAAUCACCACUGAAUAUAAAGUAAUGAUGACACAACCGAAAAGAAUAUUCUAGAAAUGUUAAUCAGCAGUCAGUUUGCUUUUCUGACCAGACAAGCUUUGUAACAAUAGACCAUACAGUGUCACAGAACAAUGUCCUUGGGCAUUUUCUGUUGCUGCCCUCCUCAGAACUAAUAGAACAAUUACCUGUUGAUAUGUGAUAUUGUGGCAGAAGAAUGGUGAAUUUCAGACAAAGAAAGGGGUUAUGUUUCAGUGGACAAGCUGUGGUGAUCUUAACAAUGUCAAAUAAGGCCUUGACCAUAGAAUGAGACUUGAACUGAAGCUAGUUUUUCUCUGUUGACUUUUGUCUUUUUGUCAACCGCUGCUGAUGUCAAGUUAAGUUCAGGCUAUGGUGUGGUAAGGUGUAAACAAGGGAGGACAAUAGAAAGGAAGUCAGUGGCUCUUUGCAAGUGAUAUGAAAUCUGUAUACUGUAAGUGUGAAGGAUAAGAGAAUUUGACUGGAAGCCCGUCUCACACAGUUACUGUAAGACACCGUCAGAAGAUCUGUAUGAUUAUGCCAACAAUGUAGAUGGACAAAAGGUGUAUAUUUUAUAGAUGGUAACUGUAUUAUAAUCAAAUGUAUGGUAUACACAUUAUCUUGGCAGUAGAAUUAAGUGCAUAUGAACAUGUUUUUCCUGUUAUGGUGUCAAAAUCACUCUCAUGUGAGGAUGUUACACUGGAAUGUUUCAUUGCAGAGGGGUUAAGCACCUUAGAACUAUUGUCUGUCAGGGUCAUGUUAAAGGAAAGGUUCUUGAGAGUGAAAUAUUUCAAAAGUUUUUUUUUAAGUGUCAAGUGUUUUAGUACAAGCAUCGACCAGCUACCUAGAGCGUGUCAUCACAACACUGAACAGAAAAUGUAAACACUGACUGUACUGUCUGUUUUAUGUGUGGUUGAGCUCAUUGCAACAUCACACGUCAUCCAGUCAAACAGAGUUCAAGCAGAGUUCCAGCUGAAAGGCAUUGACAGAUGGGAAACAACAGCUUGCACUUAUCAGAACAAAACUGCCUGUAGAAUUUGUACCUAUUUGAAAAUAAAGAAAUUUUGAUGC